ACUCAGCACUGCAGUUUAUGUACCAAGACAAACUGAAACACUGAAUAGAUUUGUGGAACAACCUCAACGAAAAAGAAGGUUAAAAUCGAAAUAUCUUUACACAAACCUCAAAGAUCGCAACAUGGGAGCGCAACAAGUUUGUCAUCUUUCGUUAAUCUCUACCUGGAUAUCUGUCUUUGUCUUCCUCUCUGUAUGCUCUGGAUCAGGCGCAACAGAACUCAGCCUGAAGGGCCGAGUCUUUGUGGCCUUUGUGGGCGAACAUCUCAACAUUAGCUGUGAGUUGAAGAUACCAGCAAACCACACCUCAGAUGUGUUGAUGUGCUUUGAUCCUAAAGGCAACGAGAUAUACAGGUGUGAAAUCCCUGAAUCUGACCAGCCACAAAAUCUCAACCUGAUUUUGGAGCCAAAAAAUCUGAGCCUUUCAGGAGAAUACAGCUGCACAUAUGGUACUGACAAGGUGUACUGGUUUCUUCAAGUGAGAAGUGAAGGCUACAGGGAAAUACGGGAUUACACACAAUUCUACAUAGUCGCCAUCAUUACUGGUCUGCUGCUGGUUGUCAGUGUAGUCGGCUCAGUGAUUGUCUUCAGAGAACGUGGGAAAGAACCCAUCACUGAAGGUGGUGACACUGUCAGAAAACGAAAGCAGAACAGAGAAAAAAUGAAGGAGAGCGAAACGGAGGAAGACAGCAUCAAUGCAAUAACAUCUUCGUCCAACUCUUUCUAUGCUAGUCUAGAGACUCGGCCCAGGUCCAUUUAUGAUGUGCUGGAUCUCUCGGCUGCUAACAGGAUGCCAGGCCAAAGCAAAGCUAAACCCAAGAUAAAAGAACCCAAAGAAACGAUGGCACAAUCCACACAAGACCAGCAAGAAGGCGUAUUUGAGUCUGUCUAUGAAAACUUUUGAAUCACAAAUAAACUUUUAUCAGCAGAUUGUGAUACAGUGUUUAUGACUUAGAUGAUCUCAUUUUGCUUGCUGUGUCAUUUUUACCUGCUACCAGUCACAAAACCAAAAUGUUAAAAUACUGUUACAUGAACAUGUUUUUCAAGUAAAAAUACAUUAUCAGCAAACAUAUCCUCAAAGAGUAAAUGCUAAAGUAAUCAUUAUGCAGGCAAAAUGACCUUUAUCAUUCUUAAAGCAUAAUUUAUUACAUUAAUACUAUGGAUGCAUUAACAUUGUAAUGUUGUAGCUGGCUGUGGUGGAGAGAAUACUAACUAUUGAAUUUAUUGUUGGGGGUGACAUUUUCUGUAUUACUAUGCAUUAUAUGUUUAAAAUAUGAUUCUGAAAAGUAUAGUAAUUACAGCUGCCUGAUAAAUGUAGUGGAAUAAAAUCUACAAUAAAUUUUAAAAA